AUGCCCUUCAGCCCCCCAUGUGGUGGUGUGAGAAUGGUGCUCGAGCUGACUAGGAUACCUACAUUUUAUAUCUGCGAUCUGCAAGAGAAGUUUGCCAAAGCAAUCUACAAUUAUCCGGCCGUCAUUGCGACGACGCAGAAGCUGUUGAAAGCGAGCCAGGUGCUUUCCAUUCCCGUCAUUGCGACCACGCAGUUGCGCGGGAAAUUGGGAGAGACAUGUCCGGAAUUGGGAUUGGACGCUCCCCAUGGUGUGCAGACGCUGGUGCAUGCGGACAAGUCCAAAUUCUCCAUGUGGACGCCCGAGGUGCAGAAGGUGUUCCAGCAAGACUUGGGAGGUGAGAAGAGGGAGUGUAUCAUUGUGGGGAUUGAAAGUCACAUUUGUGUGACGCAGACUACGUUGGACCUGCUCAGGGAAGGACACAAGGUGUAUGUCAUUGCAGACGGAGUUUCGAGCUGUAACCCGCAGGAGAUUCCUAUUGCCUUGGCUCGAUUGAGGGCUGAGGGCGCAGUUGUUACAAGCUCCGAGAGCUUCCUGUACGAGCUCAUGGGAGACGCGAAGAUUGAGGAGUUCAAAGCGAUUGCCGGCUUGGUAAAGGAGUACAGUUCCAAGACAAAGGAAUCUUUGCAAGCGCUUUGCAAGUUCUGA